AUGUCCCUUCACUUGCAAACUGGCCAAGACACCGGAUGUGCAGGCGUGUUGUUGGCUGGGGGCGCACUUGUUCGUGCAUUUGGAAUAGAUUAUAUAUUGGGAAACGUGAAGCACGCUCUCCAGUCGGCUGAGCACAUCAGUUGUACAGUUUUGUGUGAUGGGCAAAGAAUUUAUCACUGGGAGGACAAGCCGCUGGUAGGUGGGGACGAUUUGCAGGGCUGCAUCGAAGCUAGUGCUGAGGCAGGUGCUCCAGGGGCCGACCCACAGAGUGCUGGACCUGGACCAAGCCAGCCAGGACCAGGUCAGGGUGGGCAAGCAGCCAAGAGGAAACGGGGAACGCAGGAAGGUGCUAAUCAGGGAAUUGCUCAGAGUGGGGUGAUGUUUUCAAAGCGGCGUGCUUCCGUUCUAGCAACUGAGAAGUUGAACCAGCUGUCCAAGGACAUGAGGAGCAGCAAUGCAAGCUAUCUUGGUGAACACAAUGCCAAAGUUGCAAGUGGCAAGCUGUCUCCUGGAGGGAGGACAAACCGGGCGGCGGUACCCCCAGGGACCAACGGGCUUCGGGAGAGUGUGCGGUGUGAGAAGAGAACUGGAGGCGGGCGGCGGUGCACGGGGGUUUGCAAUGAAGGCGGCAGUUUGUGUGCUAAACACAGGAACACACCAGAACAGGCUGUUGCAGAGGGAGAGCGGCGGCCCAAGCAGAAGGUGGUGCAAGAAGAGGACAAGGGCAAACAGGAGAUGCAGGAAGCAGCACCCAAGAGGAAGAAAGAAGAAGGAAUAGACCCCGAAAGGGCAAAAGAGCUUUUGGAAAUGGACGAUGUUGAGCGGAGGCGGAUAGAGAAGCUUAUGGACGUCCCUAAGGGGGAGAUCCGCAUGUGCCACCAAUGUAUGAGCAGCAAGCGGACGAUUGUUAUCCGCUGUAACCACCCGACGGGAAAGAAAGACAAGACGGGGAAAGAGGAGAUUUGCGGCACCCGCUACUGCUGGGACUGUGCCGUCAACUGGUAUCCCGCCCGUGCUAACGAGUUUCGAAAGGUGGAUGGUGACAAGUGGGAUGUCAAGUGCCCCCGCUGCUAUGGCAACUGCAACUGCAAGGGCUGCCUCAGGCGGCAGGGCGACCUGGUCUAUCUGGGCAGCGACGCCCAGGCCUCUGGCCAGCAUGUGGCACUGCUGCGGCAGCUGCUGGAACAUGCGGCUCCCUACCUGAAACGCACUGCAGACGAGCAGGCGCACGAGCUAAGACUAGAAAAGGCGAUCUGGGAGAAGCUUCACCCAGGGGACGAGAUGGGCGAGGUGCCGCACCUUGAGAUCCCCAUAGACAGGAGGGUUUACUGCGACAAUUGCCGCACCACGAUUGUGGACUACGUGCGGGUGUGCAGCAACUCGGACCACGCAUUCGACCUGUGCCUCACCUGCUGCGAGGAGGUGAGGGCGGGCAAAAUGGACGCCAUUGCGCCAUGUCCGCAACACGCGGCGGCCCAGGAGGUGCUGGAGAUUUCCAGCCAGGACAACGACUCCCCUCGGGAGAAGCUUCCUGCGGGGAAGGCCGCUACUAGGAACAUCAAGAGCGAACAAGAGAACGACGAUGUCAAGAAGGGUGCAAUUGCACAGGAGGCUGGGAGCGAGAAGUCUGGAGGAGAUUCGUGGGGGGUGCGCCCUAAGCGGCAGGCGGCGGCGGAGGGCCGCAAGAAACUGGAGGCGCACCUCAAGGCGGCAGACGAGCCAGAGGAGGCCAUGGAAGCUGGUGAGGAGGACGAGCAGAAGGCGGGGGAGGAGGGGGAGAAGGAAGAGGGGAAGAAGGAGGGGGAACUAGAAGAGGAAGAGGAGGAAGAAGAGGAGGUGGAGGUGGUGCGCAUCCCGCAAGAGCUGCGACCGGCCUGGCUGCCCGACGAGCACGGGCGCAUUCCGUGUCCUGCCAAGGAGUGGGGGGGCUGCGGGGAGGGCUACCUGGAGCUGCAGUCGUUCAAGGGGGACGGCUGGCUGGAGGACCUGAGGAAGCGCCUGCUGAAGAUACUGGGAAAGAAUUGGAAGGAGCCAGAGCCUGCCCAGGGCGAGCCAGCACCUUGCGAGGAGUGCAGCGACCCCGCCAAAGAGGCAAACCGGAGGAAGGCCGCUCAGAGAGAAAACGGUACUGACAACUACCUGUACACCCCCGACGCCCAGCAGCUGAAGCAGAACCAAGGCUCGGCCCUGCAGCACUUCCAGCACCACUGGGGUCAGGGCGAGCCGGUCAUCGUGCGCAACACGCACAAGACGGACCACGCGCUGAGCUGGGAGCCGUUUGUGAUGUGGCGCGCCUGCCGCGAGACGUCGCGCAAGAACGUCGUGGAGGAAGGCAGCUGGGUGGACGCGCUGCUCUGCCUCGACUGGACCUUCAUCUCGCUGAGCCUGCGGACGUUCUUCUCGGGGUACCUGGAGGGUCGCGAGUAUGACACCGAAGGGCGCGGCUUCUUUGCCAACUACCCCGCCAUGCUCAAGCUCAAGGACUGGCCGCCCCGGAGCUUCUUCCACGAGCGGCUGCCCCGCCACUGCCGCGACUUCGUGGAGGCGCUGCCCUUCCACGAGUACACGCACCCCCACGCCGGCGUGCUCAACAUCGCCGCCAAGCUGCCCAAGGCUGCCAACCCCCCGGACCUGGGUCCUAAAACGUAUGUGGCGUAUGGGCACCGCGAGGAGCUGGGCCGGGGAGACUCCGUCACCAAGCUGCACUGCGACAUGAGCGAUGCGGUGAACAUCCUGUGCCACUCGCACGCUGUCCCGGUGCGCCCCGAGGUCCAGAAGGCGAUCGAGCGUGUGGGGGCCGAGCCCGCCGACAAGCGCGAGAACGAGGAGGUCAAGAAGCCCGCCGCCAAGCCGGCCGCCAAGAAGGGAGGGGGCAAGAAGCGCCGCGGCGCAAACGGCUCGCAGGCGGCUGAGCAGGCUGCCAAUGAGGUGACGGGAGAGGACUCUGACGGCUCCGGGAAGGAGAAGAAGAGUGCCGGUCCUGGCAAAAACGGUGACGUGGAGGCAGCUGGGGAGACCGGGCCAGCGGCAGAUGCGCCCGCGGAAGAAGGGGCGGACAUGAAGGUGGACGCAAAGUCGUGCGAACCAGCGGACGCGGCGCUUGCGGACGGGCCGCCCCAAGAUACCAAGAUGGAGGACGUAGCGCCUGCGGGACCCCCGCAAGAAGCGCCAGCUGGCGACGCCGCUGGGGACGCCCCCGGAGAGAACACGCAGGCAGCGGCAGAAGGUGCGGCUGCGGAUGCACCGACGGAGGCCGACGGGGUCCUUGCAGGAGGCGCUGUGAAAGACGAGCCAAUGCCUGACGCUGCCGCUGUGUCGAACGAGGAAGCGUCCGAUGACUUAGUGGUUCUCAGCGAGCAGGGGCCGGUGCACGUGGCCCCGCUGGAGAAGGGCGGGCGGAUCCUGCGUACUAGAAACCCCCCGAAGGUCCAACCGGUCGAGGAGUGGGAAGAAGAGCCGAAGCGGAGGGCAAAGGCGAAGGCCGCGCGGCCCAAGGUGGUCCAGCCGCCGCGGGUGUGCCUGGCAGCGGCCAAGGGAGCCCAGCAAACGGCGAGCAGCGAGGCAGCGCAGGCACAGGACAGUGCCGAGUACGGAGGCGCCGUGUGGGACAUCUUCCGGCGGGAGGACGUGCCGAAGCUCAAGGAGUACCUCACCAAGCACGCGGCCGAGUUCCGGCACAUCUAUGAGGAGACCGUCACCCAGGUGGACGACGCGGUGCACGACCAGACGUUCUUCCUCACGCAGCAUCACAAGGACCAACUCAAGAAGGAGUACAACGUGGAGGCGUGGACGUUCCAGCAGUACGACGGGGAGGCCGUCUUCAUCCCGGCGGGCUGCCCCCACCAGGUCCGCAACCUCAAGUCGUGCGUGAAGGUGGCCAUGGACUUCGUGUCCCCCGAGAACCUGGACGAGUGCUGGAAGCUGACGCAGGAGUUCCGGGUCUUGCCCGACGACCACCGCGCCAAGGAGGACAAGCUCCAGGUCAAGCGCAUGGUUCUGUACGCUGUUGAGGCAGCAAUCGAGGAGCUGGCAGGGGGCAAAGAGCCAGUGAAGAAGAGCGCCGCCGGAACCAAGCGGAAGGCACAACCCAAGAAGCGCUCAAAAGCGCCACGGAGAAAGAGAUAAGACGUUCAUUUCUGCGUAAUCGGGUCCAACAAUUCACGGCAAUGACCGAGGAGGUGUUGUGAGGGGGAUCCCAUUCUCGGAGUGUUCCUGCUAUGUUGGGUCGAUUUGAGAAGUGAUUAAUUGUAAGUCGUAAGGGGCAGCUUUUAUUGCGUCGCUCAGGUUCUCGACUUCACCUAAGAACCGUUGGCCUCCAUUAGAUGCGGACACAUCGCAUUAAUAGUACAUAUACCAUUUUGCAACGAGGGCAGGAGAUCGCGUUCGCUCUAAAAACUCUCGAAAGUGUCGGUCUGUGGUUUCCUACUGUCAUAUCUUUUAGUAGUAAAGGUUCGCUGCAUAAACUCGUCAGGUUGUAAUGCUCUUUCUCUAAAUACAUGUCUUCGCAAGUUCAAUUCAAAUAUCGAACUACAGGCUGGAUUUGACUCCAUUGCUUCCCAU